GGAGCUGCCGGUGCCAACCGAUCUCCCAUCACCCACCGAGGAAGGUGAUAUGGAGUUCCAGGAGGCUCCAACAAUGCGGCCCAUGCCACAGGUCCAAAGUAGCGCGUUUAUCACCAGCACUUCGGGCUUGGAGGGCAGCAUGCCACCAGCCUCACCCACGGAGUUGCCGGUGCCCACAGACUUGCCUUCGCCCACAGAGGAAGGUGACGAAGACUACGUUGAAGAAGCAACACUGCCUCCGCCACGGGAGCCCACAGAAGCUGUCACUAGUACCAUGCCUUCGACUUUGUCGCGGGUCACCACGGUCCCCACGUUGACCACAUCGACGCGACGCCGACAGCCGGGAGUGGCACCGACUUCGCCUGGGGACUUACCAGUGCCUACACAGCGGCCAUCACCCACCUCACCUGGGGAAGUGGAAGAAGAGGCCAUACUUGGUCCCUUGCCACAGUUUAGCAGUGGACUGAUUCCAGGAAGCAGUGUUCCAUCGCCCUCCGAGAUGCCAGUGCCAACCUAUGUGCCUUCCCCCACGGAUGACCUUCACUUGGAUCAUCCCACCGAAACCGUAGGGGUGGUGCCUGAGGUGCCUGAGCCCACUGAGAGCAUCACUUCGCAGCCCACGGUGCCCCCGGGCUCGCACCCCUCGGUGCCCACGGCGCCCACGCCGGGCACGUUGCCUGGGGGCGCCCGGCGCCCGCCCACGCCGCCGAAGCCCAAACGCUCGUCGUCACCCGCGGAUCUUCCGGUGCCCACCCAGAUGCCAUCGCCCACGUCGGCUUUCAGAGACGAGGAAGAGGCUGAACAGGCUGAGCUGCGGCCCCCCCGGCCGGCAGCAAGUAGUGGCCAAUUGGGCAGCAGUCGCUUCAGUUCCAGUCUUCCAGUGUCGCCCUCUGAGAUGCCAGUGCCUACCUUUGUGCCUUCGCCCACCAUGGCUCCGGAGGACGCAAAAAAGAGGGCUGGGCAUGCCAUCAGAGGCUGA